GAUGAGCAGUGCCCAGGGACAGCCAGGUGGUGAUUUGGAUUUGGAUUUGGCCAGGAGCGAGCAGAGCGUGGAGCAAACCAGCCAGGAGCCGGGCAGGGCCGGGCAGGAGCAGCCUGUGCACCCUGGGGACAGUGACAGCCCUAAAGGAGGUGAGGAUGCAGAAACCCUGGAGGAGCCGCUGCUGAGCCUCCCCAGUGAGCUCUCAGUGCUGGACAGGCUUGGCUUGCACAGGGUGGCUCUGACCGAGCAGGAUCUGGAGGCAGCCUUUGCCCACCUGGCCCUGGCUUUUCGCUGCGACGUGUUCACCCUGCAGCAGCGGGUGCAGGUGGAGAGACGGGCACGGGAUGCAGCGGAGGAAAACAUCCAGGAGGAGCUGGGGCAGUGCCGGGCUGCCCUGGAGAGGCUGGGCCGAUCCUGUGCCAGUGUAGGCUGCAAGGAGACGCUGGAGCAGCUGCAGCACAACCUGGCCGUGCUGGCAGCAGCUGUGGAGAGGGCAACCAGUGCUGCAGAGAAGCUGGGGGCUGUGCACCAGGAGGCCAGGAUGAGCCGGGCAGCAGAGGUGAUGGUGCAGCACGUGGAGAACCUGAAGCGGCACCACCAGCGGGAGCACGCGGAGCUGGAGGAGAUGAAGCGCCUGAUCCAGCAGAACUCCCGCAACCGGCAGCUGGCAGAGAGCCAGGAUGAUGUGGAGCCACGGCUGAGACCUCACCCCCUGAAGAGAACUUUCCAGCAGGGGUCUGCCCGCCGCAGGGUCAGCAUCGCUGUCAUCCCCAAGCAGCUCCUGCCAGGUGCCAGCCCUGAGAGCCGAGCAGCCCCAGCAGGUGACCUGGAGCCAGAGGGUGCCCAGCGCUGGCCCAGCACCCCCAGGAGUGAGCUGGAGCCACAGGGCCAGCACAGCGCCGUGACUGGGAAGCAGGUGGCAGAGGCAGAGGGCAGAGGAUCCAGUACAGGGAACGAGGAGCCAGAGCAGCUUGGGAUGACGUCCAAGGGCUCUGCAGAGGAGCUGUGGCGUCCAUGGCUCUUCCUCCCACAGCACUACUGGGUUUUCUUCUGGCUGCUUCUGCUGAGCAUCGCCUUCCUCCUCCUCGUCCGUGUCCUGGAGCUGCAGAGGCUGCAGCCUGCAGCAUCACCCAAGGCCUAGCUGGACCAGGGAGGGGGAGCUGAGAGCCAUCUCUGCUCCUUCCCCACGGCCCAAAACACCAAACCCCUAGAAUAAUAAAAUGGGAGGAAAAACG